ACAUGGACGUGGAGCUCUGCAACGGGCGACCGCCGUCGCCUUGAUUACAUUGCGCUGCCUCAAGCGUGGGCUGAGUUCAGUGUUCAAUCAGAAACGUGGUACUCUUUUGAAGCUAUGCAAAAGAGGGACGAUCACGUACCAACCGCUGUCCGGUGCACUUUCCAGCGUGUCGACCAUGAGGGCUCCGCUGCCACUUUUCGAAGACAGGCCUGCCGUCCGAACGAUUUGGACCCCAAGCUUGACAAGGAGGCUUUCCGUCAAGCCCUAAGCCAGCGCCAUGUUCCUGACUGGAGCUUGAGUGUGGACACGCACUUUGAUGCUUUCGUGCAGUCCUGGACUGCUGCAGGCAAGGCGGCAAGCGCAACCGAGCCCGUUCCCCCGCGACAAAGCUUUCUCACGCAAGACACCAUGCAGCUCGUUGCUGCGCGCAAGGCACAGCAGCGCGCAGCCGAAUGGCUAAAAGAUGUUGAGAUCAGCAUUGCUCGCGCGUGGGCAUCCCUCAACUAUGCUUGCAGGCUUUUGCGCGGUGCCGUCAAGGUUGACCGCAAUAAGUACCUUGACCGUUUGGUCCAGGAGGUCACAGUUGCGGACCUCAGCCAUCCCAGACAGCUGUUCCAGAGGGUCCGCAAGGCUUUUCCCAAGGCAGCUGCAGCCCGGCGCAGCACUUUUACCGCGCUGCCAGCGGUCGAGUGUGCCGAUGGUGCCCUUGCAGUAACUGCGGAGGGCAGAGCGGAGCGCUGGCGUGAACACUUCUCUGAGCAAGAAUGUGGAUCCCCGGUUGAUGCCCAGGGCUACCUGCGCCUCCUGGCCCAGAAGGAUGCAGCCAGUCGGACACAAGACGUUCGGUUCGACCCUGCUAUGCUCCCAAGCCUUUCAUCGUUGGAGUCCAUCAUUCUCGGGCUACGUCGUGCCAAGGCAGCAGGCCCGGACGGCAUCACCGCGGAGCUGCUUAAACUUUCUCCCGCACUGGCAGCCCGACACCUCGUCGCCCUUCACCUCAAGAGUGUGUUGGCGGUACAAGAGCCUGUCGAAUAUAAAGGGGGAGCACUGAUGACCCUAGUCAAGAAGGCGGCAGCGAUGUUUCGCUGCGACCGCUACCGAAGCAUUUUGCUCUCUGGCGUCACUGGCAAGGUGUUCCACAAAAGCCUCCGCGACCAGGCACACGCCAAAAGCACAGGCCAGCUUGCAGCCCUCGUGUUCUACGACGUAC